GCGAGAUGAAGGAGUUUCGGGAGCAAGAAUGCAUGCGUUUCAUUGGCGAUCACUCGCACCGAUUAGAUGGCAAACUCAUACAUCCACGUGUCACGUUAUGAACAAGCGUGGCCACGUUGAUGGAUGCGGGGCUCUAUCUGAUCGUCGCCACGCAUGUUCAGGAGCUGUCACGUGGACAUGUUCGAGAGGUGCGUGGGUCAGAUGAGACGACUCGCCGGGCCCGACCAGCGCCGGCGCAACUGCAGACGGAGUUGAGCCAGGAACGAGAAGCAAGUGGGAACGUCGCCGGUGAGGAGGAGGUGUCCGAGCAGGGGCUGUUCUGUGAGAGAUCGGCUGAAAAGACUCAGUCGGGAGGCAAGCACAACUUGCCGGAUGAGGAAGAGCGAGAGGGACUAGGUGCUCUGAAAAGGCAGAGAAAGGUAGGAGGGAGUGCUCGGACGCCAACAACACAAGAGGGCGGUUCCGUUGAGAAGAGGAAAAGGUUUGAAGGUGGGGAUGAAACGCCAAAAGACUCGUCGACACAGCGAAGAACCGAUGACUCUGUCUUCGCUUUGGGGUUGAAGUUCUAUGAGGAGUGGUCGAAAGGGAAACUCCUUGCUUCCUACGGCCGGCGUUGGACUGAAAAGCCGCCCACCCAUGAGGAGGUGUCCAAGCCAGGACUCUCUACUGUGACUGACAGCCAGGGGCUGAAGAAACACGUCUGGUACGUGAAGGUGGACGACCCGUCGUUGAAAAAGGGCAGGGGGAAGCCAAAGAAAGGCGCGAAGGAGAAAACUUUCUACGUCCAAGUUUCGGAGUCGGAUGUCCACUGCUGGAAGAAAUUGGAAGACUUGACGGACCGCGAGAAGAAAAGGCUGUUGAACGGCGUCUUGAACCUUAACGUCGUGUGGGUUCAAACGAGUAGCAAGAAGUUAGCCGAGCAGGGGAAGUUCAGUGUCAAGGAGAUGGUCGACAUAAUAAUAAUGGACCAGAUUAUGCUGAGGCUGUGGCACUACGUGGAGUUCGAGUACGAGGAAAUGGAUAAGCGGGAGUGGAAUGCCAACUCCACGUUCUUCAGGUCCAAGAAGCAACUGUUCGAAGAGUUCAAGGACAGAGGUCUCGACGACAAGCUUUGGAACGAGAGCAGGAAAUUUUUCACGGACAUCACAUACGUCAACAAGUGCCCUCAGUUUCUCGGGUGUCAACACGACAACAACAUCAAGAGAACGGCGGCCCUCGUCAACGACCAGCAUUUCCCAGCGGAGCGGAAGUGUGUCGUCCUUUCGGUGAUCACUGGAGAUUGCGCCAAAGGCAAAAAAAGCCCUCGGGGCGUUGAUGAAUGCAUCAACAUUAUGUGGACAAGGACAAGCGCCUUGACGAUGCUGGUCCAGUUUAACGUCGACCCAUUGAGUGUCAUAGAUCAUAAGGAGGCGCUGGGAAAACUAGGGCAUCAGCUACGCUCCCACACUCGCGUGCUCGACUUAUGCGGUGCUAUGGACCGUGCGCAAUGGGACUCUGGGGCAUUCGCGUCUCUGAGUGAGUUGCUGGGCUUCGUUGGUCAGGACUACUGGACAUUGGUGGUAUUCGUCCCCUGCCUGUGGAACCUCUCCUUCAUGACAUGUUUGUCUGUGCUUGGGGCUACCCGAUGCUACACGGGGAAGUGGGUUCGGAAGACGGAAUCGAAGAAGACGCAUCAGUUCGGAAACACCGUCUGGGAGGAGCCGGAUGUGAUGCACAUCCUUUUCAAAGGCGAGGAUCCUCGACUACUGACUCACCCGGUGUACAAGGGAGCUGUUGCUGAAGACGACGACGCCGCUCUCUGGAGGAAACAAAAAGUGACACCCACGGAUGUAGAGGAGAAGUCUUUCAAGUCCUUGACUUUCGCGGACAUCGAAAACCUCACCCAGAGUGGGGCUCUGUACAAGGACGGCGAGCGAAAUCCGAAUCAGUUGUGCAAUCUGCUUCUUUUCUUCUGUGGUGUGGCAGAUGCCGUGCUGUUCUUGGGCAGGCCGCACGCGCAGGUGGUGUGGAGUCUGCUUCAGCAAGGAAGGCAUGUCUUGGUCGUGGAUGGGGACACAACGCAGCCCGAAUACACCGUGCAGUAUGUCACUCAUGAAGUGUCGUCCAAGGCUUACCCAUGCGAUUUCCACCAUGUCGUGGUCGAGCCCGUUUAUGACCCGAACAAGGACAUGUUCUUCAAGUUGACUCCGAAGAAAAGGCGCCAGGUCUACUCCUUCCUUUACGGCGAACAACCAAGGUUGAGAUUUGACYCGCAGUACGUKGUGCGGAAGGAAGUYGCCAUUGUGGUCCUCCAGGGCUACCACGGAGCGAGUCAGGCCGGCGCUGUGAGCUUCAUUAAGAGGCUGGAAUAUGUCUUUUUUAACGAGGAUGUUGUCGAUCCGGCCGACUUCACUUUGGAUAAGAACAAGUUGGCAUUCGGUGAGGAGGACGACUUCAAUAUCGAGAUUGAGCAAGAGGAAAGCGUUGAGGACGACCUCUUCGAUUCGGACGGGCAAUUGACCAUCUUCAACGCCCAAGUUUCUGAGUCGCCAUUAGUAUGCAAACCGGGGACACCUCUCGCUACACCUACCUCAGGCGGUCCCACGCCCAUGUCCUCCUCAGCGCCUGUCAAGAGGGGUGGGUUGUCCCGUCUGAGAAGUUUGUCGGGGGAGCCUAUUCGUCUCACGCCGCAGCCCGAACGUCUUCGACCCAGCCAUCUAGUUCCUCCGCAUCUCAAGGCUCCUGCGACUCCCUUCCACAUGGGCGACAAACACACCUUCUCCACAGCCGAAGAUUGGGGCCAUGAUAUCGUGUGGCACCCAGACCAUUUCCAACCAGUCCUUCUCGACGGCGAAUGGGCAGUGGUUGUGAGGGACGUAAGUGGAGGGUGGAUAUAUGACGAUCGUUGGGACCUCGAGACAUUCGAAUCUCGCGCCUACGUUGCGGUAUUGGAGAGAUUAAGUGAGGUCAAUCGACGAAGUAAGGACGACCCUGCUCUUCGCGAAUAUGGGGACACACUGUUCGAGUUAUUGCAGUCAAAUAAAUGGCUGGAAGUGUCCUCCGCGUUCUACGCCCUUCCGUCAAGCCCGUCAAUUAAGCAAGCGGACUGCCCGACUGAGGGUGAGUUGGCGACCAGUUCCAAUGUCGAGCCCAACACACUCGGAGCCGAGUUAGCAGUCGUAAGCGACUCCCUGGUGAAAUUGGUCACGUCGACGUUAUUGGGAACUGCGGGGGCUCGGAUGAAUCCGAACCAGGACCCUGUGAACAUGUCCCUCCCUGAUGCAUCUUUGGAGACGACCGUGAUUCGGAUUCAUCCGAGGCACACGGACAAAGGACUUCAACUGGCAGGCGUUGAGGGUUGUCGACUACUGACGACUUUGGACAAGGACAAUUCCGCCGACGACCGGAUUGAUCCGACACUCAGCGACGUCGGGAUGGAGCUACCAGUUCAGCCGGGAUACGACGAUCCCUUGUACUCCGCCCUUCACAACGAGGCGGUGGGGGAGGACGUUAUGAAGAAGGCCUCUGACGCUGUUGGAGAUAGAUUUCUCUAUUUAAGUGACGACGACAAAGACACGGCGUACGGGGACAAGAAGUUAAGGGGGGGAGAGGUGUUGUUGGACAUCCAUGGCACAUUGAGCCCAACACAAUACGGCACAGUGGCAACGUAGAAAACACAACCUGUCGAUGUUGUGGACGUCGACGCUCUUUGUCCG